AUGCCCUUCCGUUCGCAAACAUCUCUUGCACCUAGCUCGUCGGCGACAGCUCUCGCCGCGAGUCCCACGGCGGUGGCCUCAAGCUCUCAAACGAACGUGUGCCCGCCAAAAUUUCCCACCAGAAGCCUCUUAUGGACUCGCCUUCCUGCUCUCCGCACUAUGACAGCCACAGUCGCCGGCUCUCAGUCACAGGCCCAAGGCACAUGCUCCGAACAGAAUCAAGGCUACGGAAGUAAUCCUAACGCUGCUGGUAAUCCUGCCCCUCCCUCUAUUGCCUUCCCGGACCGAAUCGCUACGACCCGUAUGCUCCUCAGUGACAUCCAAGCAUCCAUGCAAAAGCUUUCUGCGCAUAUGGAAGUUCUCGGCUCGCGCAGUGAACAGGCUUUGAAAGAAGUGCAGCUUGCGCGCGAAUCACUGGACGCGGGUGGCGACAAGACCAUUGCAGAAAUUUCCGACACGGUAUAUAAAUCACAAGCAACUCUCAUAAAAAGCUUCGAGGCCCAUAGCAGUAUGCUAGACAAAGCCAAUGAUAGGAUUGCACGGCUUCUAAGUGACUCAGUGAUUAAACUUUACGAAGCGCAGGCGGCGCUGCAGUCACAGCAUGCACAACUCAUCACCAAGAUCGCCCCUAUCGAGCCUCUCGUGCGCUCUAUACCGUCACAUAUUGACGCCCUUUCCUCACGUUUCUCUCGUUUUACGGAUGCUCUCUCACCCGCAAUUGAACGUGCAGUUGAACGUAGCGUGGAGCGCGCACUCGCUAGAUUACCCAUACCCGCAUAUUCGCGCGAGCAAAGCGACCAAGGGCAGCAGACUCCCCGAGGUGUAAAGCGCAAGCGAACGUUGAUUUUAGAUGACGUACCGCCUAUUAACCCUACCCAAAUACGUAGCCUCUCCAGAGCCGCAAGAUCGUCCAGCAUGCAGGAAGUCCUCACUCCUUCCUCACCCUCACUGCGACGUCACUGCUCAAUAAAUAGGGCUACGCCUCGUUUACGUCCGUAUCCCUCACUACGACGUUCUUCGACAGGUGUUGUCAACUCUUCUAGCGCCGGGAUCGAUAUAAUAAGUAGAAAAUCCCCCCCGGCGCCGUCACUUCAAAGUUCAGUGCAGACUGCGAUGCGUGAGUCGAAGCGUCAGAGAAUACUUUCAGUUGCAAACGCCGCUGCAACGACCGGUUCGGAAAAUAAUCAAUUCCACACUCCGAAUAUAGCGCAUGCUACAAGUCUACUUGACGGACCUGCAAAUGGCGAUGCUAAUUCUGGGGCAAUCGCCGUUACAGAAGAAAAUAGAGACGCCAGUACCGCGACGACCGACGGGCCCGUUAAUAAUACCACUUCGUCGGCCCGGACCACUCGAUCUGUAACUCUCGCUAGUGAACGCGCGUGUGGCUCCGCAGCUCGCGCCACCCUUAAAUCUCGAGAGUCCACAUACCUCUCCGUGAAUAACGGAUCCAAAGCAGACAGACGUACAGCCCCACACGAUCUACCAGCUACGGACGUUGGAAAUCAGUGCGAAGAAACUGUCUUGGGGACUACUAAUCAUCCAACUGAUCUCAAUGCCAGGAAUAGUCGUGCAUCCGCGAAGAGCAAGAGCAAAGCUCCGAAGAGCAAGGGGGCGGGAUCUGGAAAACGUAGAGGAAGACCGAAGAAAAGUGCCGCCAUCAAUGAUACGAACGGUGCUUCUGCAUUCCCAAACAUUUCUUCAACAGCCGAAGCACUUCAAACUGCCGAGUUGGUGGAUGGGAUCCCAACUUCAACACUGAAGGGCGCCAUAUCUCGUGUGCUAAUGCAGGAGACAUGUCCGAACGGCACGACUAAUGUAUCCGAUAAGGGUCUCGGUCAGUUGGACUCGAUAUCUACCGGCAACAAGCGCAGUUUGGACGCGCCUAACGUUCCUAUUGCUGGUGCUGCCAACGUGGAACGUUCUGCCUCGGCUUCCGCUACUCUGAAAGAAACUUCGAAUGAGCGUUUGCUCAUCGACUGUAUGGGUGGAAGCCAGGAUUCCCUACUAUUGGAUCAAAUUGGUAACGAAGGGGAAGGCGGGAAUGCUACUUUGGUGGCGGCGAUUGCACACAUGAACUCUGAUGUGGAUUUCAUAUCUGGUCUCGAUAUGUUUGAGGUUCAACAAACGAAUGAACAACGGAACGCAGGUGAAAAGGUCAAAAAUCGCGGAAAGCAUUAUCUUUUCAGUGACUCGCGCGAAGUUCGUGGCUCUUCUUCGACGGGCACGGGUAGCUUGUCUUCUGGCCGCCCAAAACGCUUCCUUGUUGUUGACAACGACUCCACCGCGGUUGAUCUCUUUGUGGAUGAACUCUUCGAUUAA